AUGUCCUCAACACCCAAGAUCCCGCCGUGGCUUUCCGCCUCGAUCACGCCUAAACACCUCCGACGCGUUGUUGCUGUUCUACGUGAACGGGAAUCGAAACGCGAAGCUGCCCGAUCGGCGUCCCGGAAAGCAGAUGUUGCCCCCCAGCCUACUACACACUCUAGCCAGUUCAUCGCCUCUUUGCGUCAUCCGAAACCAGGACGUGAUGUCGAUGAGCACUAUACCAUUCUGACGGGGUGUCAAGUAGAACACCAACCCAAGAACCGCUAUCUUGACCUGGAGCCGUACGAUCGCACCCGUGUCCUUGUUGGAGAAGAGGGCAGGUAUCUUCACGCUAGCUGGGUAUUGGAGCGAUUCGGACACAAGUGGUGGAUUGCGGCGCAGGCUCCGUUGCCUUAUACCUCUCAUGCGUUUCUCAGCGUUAUUUUACAGCCAAGCACGCGUCCUCCAGAUCAUCUGCAGGGUGGUGGUUCGCCUAAUCCACAUUCACGGUGGGGCCGCGUGAGGACUGUUGUUCAGCUCACUCAAAAUGUGGAAAGUGGGCGAAGGAAGGCGCAUGCGUAUUUCCCGGACGAUGUUGGGAAAUCGAUGAUUAUUCCUGUGGAACAUGGAUCUCAGGCUCCUGCGCUCAAGGUUACUCUUAUUGAAUCUCGGGUGUUUGAAGAGGCGCAUUGCAUUCAAAGUACGGUGGCUAUUGUCCCCGUCGCACAUCCACCCUCGGGCGUCAGCGCAGGUUCGUUUGAAGAGAUGGAGGUGGACGAAGGCGUGGAUGAGGAGAGGUACGGUGAACAUAACGAGGAGAGAAUAGUGUUCCGUCACCUGCUAUACACGUCCUGGCCAGACCACGGCGUUCCGGAGACAGAAGACCGCGCAAGCCUCCUCGCGUUUCUUCGUUUGGUUGAUGAGACGAACCGUGAUACCUCCCUUGUUGGACAGUUACCUGACGUUGAUCCUGAUCCCCCUAUCAUCGUUGGGUGCUCUGCGGGCAUUGGGCGUACAGGAUCGUUCAUCGCGAUUUCAUCUCUUCUUCGAAGUUUAAAUCUCCUUCCACCACCCGCUUCUCCUUCCCCAUCCACUGUACUCCCAACUUCGCCUCUUGGAUCGCUGCCCCCCGAGUUGGCUGAGGACUGCGUCGCCCAGGAGGUGGAUUCGUUGAGAGAACAGAGGCCGGGAAUGGUGCAGCGGGACGCGCAGAUCACGCUUAUCUACCAGACGGUGAUUGACGCGCUUGAGGUGUGGGGAUAG